GGUCCCUGAAUGCACCAUACCCCGUCACAGUAUUGUUGGGCUUGUUAACGUAUAUAGGCACCAGGUGUGCCCGCCAAGUGACAAGUCAAGUCCAUUGUGGCAGCUGGGAUCUGUCGGAUGAGCGCUGGUGCCAUGCUGAUCGAGCUGCUGAACAGGUCAGCUGAUCAGUUGCUUCUGAAGGUGCCAAAGACAAAGUGCAGCUCAGAGGGGACCGUGCUUUUUCUGUGGCAGCUCCCAAGCUAUGGAAUGAUCUUCCUCCAGGUGAUGACAACAUCGAGGCUGUGAGCAGUAAAACUGGAAGAAAAGCAGAUGAGUGCACAUGUGUACGUCUGAUUCCCCGCUGAUUCCACAGGAAAGACCAUCAGGGAAGGACAUGAAUUUCCCAUGUGAAGUGGAUUUAGAGGAGCAGUGCCCGGUGUGUGGAGAUAAAGUUUCUGGAUACCACUAUGGCGUCCUCACCUGUGAGAGCUGUAAGGGAUUUUUCAAAAGAACUGUUCAAAACAACAAGACAUAUGUCUGUGUCGAAAACCAGCAGUGCAAAAUUGAUACAGAUAAAAGAAAAAGAUGCCCUUUUUGCAGAUUUCAGAAGUGCCUUAAUGUUGGAAUGCAGCUGGAAGCUGUCCGUGCAGAUCGAAUGAGAGGAGGCAGAAACAAGUUUGGCCCCAUGUACAAGCAUGAUCGUGCCCUCAAGCAACAGAAAAAGGCUUUGAUACAAGCCAGAAGAUUGAGAAUAGAAAGCAACCAAAAAGAAGUUACUUUUACCAGCAACAUCCACUCAAUUGCUAUCCUUCACAACACCACACUAAAUCCAAGCCAGCUUCCAUCAUUGUCUUUGUCCCAGCCCUGCAACUCACUUGCUGUUACACAGCACCAAAUCACCUAUCCAUCUGACUGGGCUAUGAGGUUAGAGAACUGCAGCAACUCUGCAGAUUUGGCAGCCUUUGCUGAGGCAAUCGUUGGUCUACAUCACACAUCCUCCAGAUCAAUUUCUACACAAAGUCCAAGGAUACCCCAGCUUGAGACAGAGUUCCUACACUAUGAUCCACAUGAGCUUCAGCUGCAAAAAAAGGUCUUUACUUGCCUGCAGCAGGAGCAAGCCUGCAGGCACAGAGAGCCCAACACCUUCAGCUCAGUGUGUGUCAUGGCUGACCAGUUGUUGUGCUCUAUUGUGGAGUGGGCUCGUACAUCCAUCUUCUUUAAGGAAUUAAAGGUCUCUGACCAGAUGAGGUUGCUACACAGCUGCUGGAGUGAGCUGUUAGUUCUUGAGAUAAUCUCCAGACAGGUACUUUAUGGCAUUGAUGGCGGUCUGCUACUGAUCACUGGGCAGCAGGGGGAACUGUCACUGUCUCAUGCUGGCCCUGCUUUAGUCAGCCUGAAUCAAAGAGGGACAGAGCUUGUGGAGAAGCUUCAAAUGCUGAAGGUAGAUCAUCAAGAAUUCGCCUGCAUCAGGUUUCUAAUCCUGUUUGCCCCUGAUGUCAAGGAGCUUGAAGAACACCAUUUUGUAGAAAGUGUGCAGCAGCAGGUUGAAGGAGCCCUCCUGAAGUACACACUGGCCUCAUCAUCGCAGUCCUGCAACCGUUUCACUUGUCUGCAACUGUAUCUGUCAGAGCUACGCUCCCUCAGCAUACUGGCUGAAGAUUAUCUGUACUAUAAACAUCUAAAUGGUGAGGUGCCCUGCAACAAUCUGCUUAAUGAGAUGCUACACGCCAAAUGCUGUUGGACAUGAGUUGAAUUGUUCUAGAACAACAUGCAAGACGCUACUGUAAAGUCAAAAAUGAUGAUGAAUGAAGCGUUUGUGUUUAUCCUAUUAUUUUCAACAAGUUCUGCUUCAGUUUUGUUCUGUACAACUGCUGCAUCAGUUAAAAGAAAUUAAUUUGAUGUACUUGUAGUUUAUGUAUGUGGAUAUAUAUUCAUGGGUAAGCAAAUUAUCUCUUUCCUUAAUAAAAUUGCUGC